UUACACAACUCAUGAAGUGAAACGGUGCGCAUUGAAUUAAAGCGAUGAGCAGCUUAGGAGGGAGUGGCGUUUGGGGAGGAGCAUCAACUUCAUCAUGGAUCUCUACGACGUCGGUUUCCGCUUCAGGGAAGAGAAUUCAGAGAGAAGUGGCGGAGCUCAACUUGGACCCACCUCCUGACUGCUCCGCUGGACCUAAAAGUGACAGUCUUUACAACUGGGUCUCCACCAUUAUAGGCCCUACUGGAACACCGUACCAGGGUGGCGUAUUUUUUCUUGACAUAAUAUUUCCAAGUGAUUAUCCAUUCAAACCUCCAAAGGUGCUAUUCAAAACUCGAAUAUUCCACUGCAAUGUUGAUUCUGCUGGCACUGUUAACUUGGACAUCUUGAAGGAUGGUUGGAGUCCGGCUUUAACAAUUACAAAGGUUCUACUUGCAAUCAGAUCAAUGUUCAUGAACCCUGACCCUUAUAAUCCUGCUGUCCCGGGCAUUGCUCACUUGUAUUCGGCAGAAAGGCCUAAACAUGAUCAACUGGCAGCAGAGUGGACACAUCGAUUUGCCAAAUAAAAGAACUGCAAUGAAUGAGUUUGAGUUGUGUGAGUAUCAAAUUAUUGUAUUUUCUGCUGGAUAUUCAACUUUCUUGUAAAUUCCUCAGCAGCCAGUGGAGAUCAUGGCCAUCAGAAAUUUUCUAAUGGUCAUUGUGAAAACAUCUGCCAACCUUUUAUUCAAUAUAAACUGUGAAGCAUCCUUUAAACUA